UACACAGCGUGUCAAAGGUCAAUUAUAUUUACUUUCUCAUUCUGUGCAAAAAGAAGCAAACCGACAACAGACUCAAAAAUAGAUAUUAACGAAUGAAGUGCUAUAUGAUUAGGUUUGAUUUUCUGGGCACAGUGAUUGGUUAAUGAAAUCCUUUUAUUGAUGGUAUGGGGAUAAUGACAGAUGCUAAAGAUAAGGUAGACAAAGACCAGGUAGUAUCAUCAAAACGUUCAGUGAGCAAGAAACAACUGCCCAAGAUUCCUGCAGAAGAGGCCUACUCCUCUACAUCAACAAGAAUGAAGGAAAGACAACAAUCUCUGACUGCUGCCAAUGGAUCCUACGGACCAUACUUCCUUGAGUACUCUUUAUUAGCAGAAUAUAAUCAACUUCAGAAGAACAAGUUACCUGGGGUUUAUGUGAUUCCGUCAGCCGGAUCGCCUUUACAUUGGUUUGGUGUACUGUUUGUGCGGCAAGGAAUGUAUCAAGAAGGUGUUUUUAAGUUCGACCUUUUCAUUCCUGACAAUUACCCAGAUGGAGAAUGCCCUAGAUUGGUAUUCAAGACACCAAUCUUCCACCCAGUGAUUGACAUAAUGACAGGAGAGCUGGAUGUGAAGAGGGCGUUUCCCAAAUGGAAGCGUAGCGUCAACCACAUAUGGCAAAUAUUAUUAUAUGCAAGAAGAAUAUUUUAUAAAAUAGACACAAAAUCACCUUUGAACCCAGAAGCAGCUGCACUGUAUGACAAUGAUCAAGAAUUGUUUAAAGGCAAAGUAUCUGAAUCAGUGCAGCUGUGCAAAAGCAAAAUGUACGACGUCCCUGACACUGAUGACCCACAUGCAAUACACUUUAGCCAGCUAUCGGAAGAUGCACACGAAAAAGCGAAACAUGCUAUUUGUGAGGCAAAGAAGCCUCCGAUCGAUGAGCAAGGAAUGAAAAACGCUCAGAGUUCAGGAUUGUCCUGGGUCAAGCCGGGAACAACUCAAGUGUUCAGCAGAGAUUGUCACUGACAACCACCACAUACUUAUGUGCUUGUCGUCUUUGCAGAAAUUAAAUUUUGUAGAAGUCUACACAAGCCUGGCAAUUUUUUAUUUUUAAGAAUGCGGAGUCUUUCCAACACAUAAUGUGUGCUGUUGCAAGAAUUUUGAGUGGUAAUGUGGAAUAAAUAGUUGGUAGUACUGUGGAGGUAUACCAUACCUCGGUAUGGUAGUGGUACAGUAAUAUGGUUCAGGUAGUUUGUCAUGAGCUUAGAUCAAGCAGUGAUGGGUUGUGGGUACAAAGUUCACAUUUUUGUGUUUUACCUCUUUAAAGUGUUGUUCACACUUCAAGUCUUAAUGCAACAAAUACCCAAAUUUCUGACCACACUAUAAAAUUUUAUGUGACAAACGAAUGUCCUAUGCUCUUAUUUGGAUGUAAUUUUACAUCAUAUUGCACAUAUAUGGGCACAUCAAAUAAAUUGGUCACAUAAAUUUUGAUGUGUGGACAGAGUGAUUUGCCCAUGUAUAGGCGUAAUGAUAUCAUGCCCAUAAAUAGGUCUUAUAUGAUAUCAUGCCCAUAUAUGGGUGUAAUAUGACAUCAUGCCAACGAAGGGUGCUGAUUGACAUCAUCAUGCCCAUAAAUAGUUGUGAUAAUGAUGACAUCAUUCACGUCCAUAUAUGGGUAAUGCAAAGAUAUCUGUUAAAUAAUAAUAAAAUUUGUGCAGACACAGUUAAUGAAGGGAUAUAGGGAACAAACAAGAAACAUUGUUUUUGUUAGCUUAUUCUGUCCCUGAAAUGCCAGCAUAUUAAAUUUAAAUACAAACUGCAUUUGGUUGCCUACAAAAAUAAUUAUGGUAGCACCAUAGUUAUUAUUCCAUUCCGUGCAAAAUGAGUUUACUUUAGUUUGGCAGUCGAUGUGUAUUAUGAGUAUUAUGUUGAUAUUCUUUGUUCUCCAUUUCAUGAAAUUCGCAUCAGUACUUAAGUAGGUGACGUUAUUAAGCACCACUUGUUUUGUUUAUUAAGAUACUUUAAUGGUUCUGGCUUAUGUUAUCGUUAGUUAAUUGAGUAGUGUAGAUUGCACCCAUCUUUCAAAUGGUACUGCACUCGGGAUUUAAGCAUAGUUUCAUUCUGAUUGAUUUUUUGUAGGCCACCUCCUAUUCAUAGAGAAGAGCGCUUUCCUCUCAAAAGAAGCAUUACUGCACAUUAUUUUCAGUAUGGUGUUACUAUUAUUUAGAAUAAUUACAUAUGGCCUAUAUUAUAAUAGCCUACUUUAAAUAUCUCUUUUGAAUGAUUUUGCAUUUAACUUAUUGUAAUGAUCAGUUAUUUUAUACAUUUAUGAAGAAGUGAAAAUUAUUUAUUUGAUAGACAUUUAGUUAUUAUUUCUUAAGAGGUUACCAAUUUAUAUUUACUGAGGAAUAAUAUAGUGCACUUAAUCUUUUAUAAAUCCUUUGAUUAGAAUUUGUCCGAUAAAGUGAGGUUUCUGAUAAAAGUCUAAGUGCGUGGAGCAGGGGUGUCAAAAUUUAUCUGAGUGUGUGAUGGAUUCUGAUAAAAGCCUUCAAGUGUGUGGUUCAGGGGUCACCCAGGACUUCUGAAGGAUGUACAGGGGGACUAAGCCCCCAAAAACCUCUAACGGUUUAGGUAUAUGAAAGAAUUAUUUAUUUGACUUUAGAAUCUCAAUCUUUCAAAACUACAUUGAAAUGUUCCUUCCUCCACAAGGUGUGUCGAGCUCCCUGACAGCGGAAGAUUUGCCUGAUGUGGAGGGGCGAUGACCUUUCUGUCCCCUGCUUGGGGCAUCCUGGAUAAGUCAUCACCAGGUGAAUAGCAGCUGGCUUCUUUCACACAUGUGCCCUUAUAAUAUUGUACAGCUUAAUCUAUGAUAUUCACAACAAAAAAUAAUAUUAGAUCAAGGCAUAACUAACUUUAACUAUAAUAACUAUUGUCUGAUUUUACACAAUAGAAUACAGCUGGCCUAGUUCCUUUCAACUAAAUUCAAUCUGUUCUUAAAUCAAGUCAAAGUAUUUAUUCGGAGACUCAAUUUUUUUUUUCUAUAAAAGAAGAUCUUAAAACAAUCUGUUGUCUUGCCUCAUUGAAGAUGUAUCUGCUUAUUGUAUUCUGUCUCUUGUUACAAAGAAAUGAAAAUAAACUGCUGAGGGCAGUGUUCUGUAUUCAUCACCCUGUUCACACUGUCAAAUUUUAUUUGGCAAAAACAUAAAGACAUGCUUUAAUAUAAUCAUGAUGACAUCAUAUCAUGACCAUAUAUAGGUACACUAUGACUAUAUAUGGACAUACAACAGGUUAUUUUGUCAAAGAAAAUUGCAUAGUUCUUAAGAUUCUACCUCGCCUAAACUCUUCUUAUUCGAAACCUUGUGAAAGAGCAAUAUUAUAUACCUUUGGUCUAUUUGGACCAAAAGUAUAAUAAAAUUUUACUGUUUACACUAUGAACAUUUAUUCUUGUGCUGCCUUGUACUGUAUAUAAAAUCAUGUAUGUGAAUAUCCAUAAUAUAUACUUGCUUAUUCUGUGCACUUAAAAGUACUGUACUCUACCAAUGAAAUCCAUUAGUGCCUUUAUCCUAUCUAUAGUAUACUAUUAGAACUACUGUUAUCUUGUCAUGAUUAGGGUAAUAGGUUUCUUAUAUUAGUGCAUCAUUGAGUAAAAAUUAGAAUUAUACUAGAAUCAAA